AUGCGAGGGAGGAUGUGUGGGGUCCUAAUGAUCGCGGGUGCGAUAAUGGGACUUUGGCGAUGGGUUGGAUACCUCGUCGCGCCACUCGAAGCCAUCAAGACUGAAGUGCGUAGCCGUCGCGGCGACAUCGAAUCCGUCACCGACAACUACGCGGCCGAUCAAAUCACCGACUUAGCCACCCGCGCCGGUGAGGUAAACGGUGUUUGCAUCGUCUUCGGCAACUCCGACUCGGGCGAGGGCUACAUUGUCGUCGAUGGCAACUAG